UUUCCAACAAAGAUAGAGCUUCUCCACUUUUCUUAGAGCAGCUGAAGAGAUUCAUAUUUAGGUCGAUGAUGCAUUAUCCCGGAAUGACCUCCUUCCUCCUGCUGUCCAUCCUUUGUCUGACACUAUUUGGAACUGCUUCUCCCCAUCACCCAUGGAAGUCAUCUGGAAGCGAUGAGAGAGUCUACAUACCUACCUAUCCUGAGUUCAUUAAUUACCGGAAUUGGCCAGAUUGGUAUCCUUGGAUUACUGUCCUUUGGCCUUUUAUUCCUGCACCUGCUCCAGCUCCAGCUCCUGCUCCUGCUCCUGCGCCAGCCCCUACACCUGGACCUCCACCCGUCACCAAUCGUGGAGAUUCUGGCUAGAACACAACUGUUGUGAAACAGUUCUACAUGGAGAUACCAAGGAUCUAGAUAGCUACUGCACUAA